CAUUGUGAGCUUUCUGGACACACGGAGACCUACAGGAUGGAUUUUCUCCGACUUCGCCUCCCUGGGCUGCAUCAGGCCUUGAGGGGAGCACUGGAUUCCUUCAGUGCUUUUGUGUCCUACCUCCUAGGAGAUGCAGUCCCCACGGUGGACAGGGAGACACAGGCAGCUGAGGAACUGGGGGAAGUGGCUGCAGGGGAGCCAGGGAAGCUGACAGGGGAGGAAGCCCAGGAGGCACUGGAGGGAUUUAGAAGUGACCAGAGCGAAAGGGUAGGAGCACCUAGAGAGAUCAUAGGAUGCCAAGAAGGAAGUUUAGUGGGUGAACAGGCCUGGGGGCGGAGAGCAGACAGCUCCCCAAGGCCCCAAGCAGAAAGGCAGGACACUGGGUCCAGGAAGGCAGCUGAAGGUGCCAAGGGCCAGGAGCCAAAUGCUCCACUGAAGCCCCAGGCAGGGCCUGGGACUCACGGAGACAGGGGUAAUAAUAAAGCCCAGGAGAUCUGGGAGCACGGUGAGCAGGAAGUGAGCAGUGGGGAGCCACUGAGAACCUGUGAACAGAAGGAAGAGGAGGUAGUCAGAGCAGCAGAGCCAGAGAUGGCCAGGGGGGUGGAGUCACAGCCAGCCUGGCACAGGGAGCCUGAGGGCAAUGAUGCUGGUACUGACGGGCAGAAUGUAACUGAGGACAGCAAAGAGACAGACUGGAUGGUCAAGGAGGCAGUUGUAGAAGCCAAGGGGUUUGGGGCCAAAGGGGCUGACAAGGAAGAAGAGAGGAUGGCCCUGUCGAGAGAUAGCCAAAGUGAAAGGGCGCAGGGGACACAAAAUCCAGGGGCAGAAUCUGAGGACUGGGCCGUGUUGGGUAGAGAGGCCUGGACAGCCUCAGGCAGGGAGGAGGCUGAUAACCUAUGCAUUCUGGACGCAGAAUAUGGGCCAGAUCCAGAAGACAGCAUCCCAGAAGCUACUGGGAGAGUCUGGGUCCUAGAAGAGGCUUGCAAGGGAGACCAGCAGGAUGAGAUCAAUGAGGAGAGAGAGGCUGAAGCCAGACAUCAGACCCAGAUCCUGGAGAUGGAGAGAGCCAAUGAGAUGACUGAAGGCCAGAUAGCAGGGGAGGAGGCUGUGGGAGACCAGGAGACACAGAGCAGCUUUGAUGAGGAGGAAAGGCAAGACUUAGACACUGGGGAAGGGGUGAGUCUAGAAGAGGAGGUGCAGGCAGAAGAGUCCCCCAGGGAGAAAAGGAGCUAUGGGGCCACGGAGGUUAUGCUAGUCCUGCGCAAGGAGGCUAAAGGUGAGCCUGACUUGGAAGAAUCAGCAGAAACUGGACCCGAGGAAUUGUUUAUGGGAGAGAAGAGUGAGGCAGCUCAGACGAGACAAGAGGUUUUGAGAGUAAAGGUCAUUGAAGGACAGGACCCUGAGCUUGAGGAAGGACAGAAGGGUCAGGAAGAGACCAGGAGAGCUCCAGACCUGAGCCCAGAGGGUACGCUAAGCUUGGAGAACUGUCCCAAGACUGUGGGGUUUGCAGGUCCUGAGCUAGAAGCCCAGGGAAACUGGAGAAGGGAUGUAGACAGCACAGAUACCCAGGAGGUAGAAGCAGAUGCGGAAGAGGCAGCUGAGGAAGGGAUUGCAACAGGGCAGGCAGUGGAGGUCCUGGCUGAAGGAGGCCAGGAAUCCCAGCAGCCAGAGGUCCCAGGAUGGGGAGCAGAGGUGGGACUGGUCUCCGCAGCAGUGAACCAGCAGCUGGAGGGAAGCCAAGGAGCCGAGAUAGGAACAGGCCAGCCAGUGGGAGAUUCCGAGCCCACAGAAAACAAGGCUGCUGAGGGGGAGGCUGCAGUGCCUUGGGAGGCAAACAGAAUGUGCAGGAAGAGAAGGUUGGAGGAGGGGGCGCUAAGCCUGCAGGGCAGCGAAGAUACACAGACCAGUUCUUCGGCUGCUGAGAUUACCUUGGGUAUCAGGACUGUGGGGGCAGAGGAAGGGCCUGAAUGGGAAGCCGGGAUGGCUCCAGAGAGGGAGUUUGGGAGAGCCUGGCAUUCUAAAGGCAGAGAGGAGACUGGGGGAGGCACCGAGCUGGAAGAGGCUACAGAGAAGCAAAGUGGCCGGGAAAAUGCCUCAGAGAGCUCAGCGGAAGACAGGGCGACUGGCUGUGACGUCCAAGAAGUUAGCGAGACUGGAGAGGGAGAGUGGGAGACGGAGAUAUCUGUAAAGGCAGAAGGAAUGAGGGGAGUGGAUGGUGUGACUUUAGACUCCCAGACAGAGAGAGCUGAGGAGUCUAUAACCAUCAUGGAGACUGAGGUGCCCCUAGGAGAUCAGAUACUGUUGGAAAAGGAGGCUGGGGGAGGGCUAUCAGGAGAGUGGAAGGCCCACAACGCUGAGGGAGAGACACAAAAGCUACACGGUGUGGAGGGUGCCGUGGGAGAAGCACGGAGGGCAGAGAUCCAGGAGAAUGAACCAGAAGGUCUGGAGGACACCUCAGGCCAGGAGAAGCAGCAGACACACCAAAUCUCCACACUGGCUGUGCCUGGCUUCUCUGAAUCUGCUGAGACCACAGCAAGCGCCCCAGGGGAGGGGCACAGCUGCUGGAGUGAGGCCUUGCUCCCUGGGUCCCGCCUGGAUGUCUCUGUCCCUCGAAGUCGUGUGCUUCUCUCGCGAAAUUCCUCCAAGCGGCGCUCAAGGCCCUCCUUGCGUCGAAUCUCUGCUUCCGAGCCGCAGUGUGACCCUCCCAGUCCCCAACCCCAGGAGGCGCUGUUCCCUGAGCAGGAGGCGCUGUUCCCUGAGCAGUCGCCUCUUCAGCCAGAGGAAACUUCAGAGCCAAGUGUUACAAGGCCUGAAGGGACACCAGUGCCAGCCAGGAGAAAAGUGCUGGGACAUGGGUUUGGCUUUGCUCAUCCUGGCAUGAUGCAGGAGCUGCAAGCUCGACUGAGCCGGCCAAAGCCACAGUGACAGGGCCUACAGCCCCUGCAAGCCAGGCCUCCUAAGGGAGGGUAAGAAGGCUCUACUGGACUCUCUCACUCCCUCAGCUGCUGGAACACAUCUUCUUCACCCUCCUGGCCUCAGCUAAACCAGAUGUUUAUGAAGACCUUGAAUCUAAGGAGCCUGGUUCCCUGGUGGAAGCUGGUGGAGCACCUGUCCCACUGGCAUCUGCCAUGGGUCCCUGCCCUGGUCACCUGCCCGUCUGUCUCGGCUGCUCAGGAAACUACAAGGAAGACAGGGACGGGAAGAUUCUUUCCCCUUAAAUCUUCCCCGUAUGAUCACCCUCCCCAAUUGCCAUCAUGCUAGAGCCCCACAGAGAGCUGUGUAAGAUAACACAUCUCUGGGGUGGAAAUCAGCCUGAAGGAAAGAAAUUCAAGGGGCAGAAAGAGCACUGCCUGGAGUCAACAGCCGUGGGCAGCAGACCAGAUGCUUUGAGUUUCCAAAAUGACAGCAAGCUCAAUAUCACAACUCUGCAGGUUGCUAUGGUAACCCCCUGUCAGAGUUGGGGAACGUUGCAGGAACACCAAGAAUACAGGAGUAAGAAGUUCUGGGUAGGCGGAAGCUUCCGACUGUCCCCAAGCUGCCCUGCUCUUUGGGCGUCAGACACUCCUGUGAAGAUGUGGAGGCACAAAGUGGGCCAGAGGGCUUUAUUAGGCACCCAACAUGGUGGCCUAACUCAAGAAUGAAACAAUAAAUAAACCACCAUUUCCUAAAAAUAAAUAAAUAUCCAAGAAAUAAA